CGCCAUUCUACAGCGUCAAAAGGGCAAACGACCAGUCUCGGUUGAUUGGCAAGCAGAGGAAGUUCUGGUCGGCUCGCAAGAAGUCAACGUUGUGCGCGGCGCUGCAAGUCUGGCAGUUCUCCCGCGCGCAUGUGACGUCAAAGAUCUCAGAACCCUGGAAGUGCGCUCGAGCGAGAUCGUCCGGGGUGAACUACAUAAGGCUCCCCAUUCGCAAAACACAGUUGAACGAUCAUGCACCUCGGCAAAGACGACAAAAAGGAUCAUUCUAUGGCCGCGCGUACUCCGUCAAUGACCCAAGAAGAAGCCCGCGAAGCCGCCCAAUCCUCAAACAUAAACUGGUACUUCUCCUUCCACUCCUCCUCCGGCGACUCCGAACUCGCUAUCGCCCAAAAAAUCGGAUUCACAGCCACCCUCUCCCGCGAACGCCGUGAAUUCUACCACGCGGUUCAGGGAUCAAACCCACUCGCGAAAGCGACACAGGCGUUGCAAAAGUAUGUCAAGUUGACGAUUCCGCCGUUGGGGCAGAUGGGUGCGAUUUGUCCUGAGGCCAAGGGAGCGAUGGAGCCGAGUGAGGCGUAUGAGAAGGCUGUUGGUCAGGGAGCUCGGAGGUUGUUGUUCGAUAUGCUGUACAAACAGGGCGACAUCACCGAUCCACACUGUCGUCCCCCGCUCGUCAACCUCUUCCACGCCUUCUACGUCCGCCACGACUUCAAAUCCGGGUAUACCACAUCCUGGGGCUCCCCAGAUACGAUCGACAAAUUAUUGCUCUGUACGAUGGUCAUCAGGGCAGACUACGGCGGCGGCGAAGCACAAGAUGUUGAAGGCUCCCUCGCAUUCCCCGUCCUCGCCCACCUCGAAUCCUCCGGCGCAGCCUGGGCAAAAUACGGUCUCUACACACCUCAACCCAAGUCCAACCGUACCGGUCCCAUCAACACCUCCUCCGACACCUCCCACAACUACGCCGAUACUUCUCCCGACCACCAAUUCCUCGCCAUUCUCGGCGUCUUCCCCGAACCCCUCGUCGAGCGUCUCAAAACCCACGCAGCGCGCGAAGGCUACGUGAAGCAUAUCUGGGCCGAGCCAUAUGACCCCCCGAUUGUGGGGUAUGGGGGACCGGUGUACAUGCCUUGGGUGCCGGCAUGGGGAUGGGGUUGGGGGGGUUCGUGGGAUGUUGAAUCAAAGGCUGAUGGGUGUAUGAUGGAUUAACGGAGGAGGAAGGAUCAACGAGGAGACCGGAUGCAGUGAUCGAUUGAAUGAUCGAGAAGUAUCUUAGGAUCAUAUGAUACCAAGUAAUACCGAGACGGAAUAUGAUUCCACGGGCGUUCACGCGAUUUUCGACGGCUUCCGAGCAGUGCUGACGGGUUUCCCACGCUUUUCCGCCGUCAAAAUCGUGUUCAGCCCCUAAAGCCAGAGACGAAUCCCUUCAGAGCCUUCGUAGCAUGAUUGGCCUUGAACGCUUGUCUGGGCAUUUCUUCUUCCAAGGCAAACAUCCCGUACAUCAAAGGA